GUGCAGCUUGGCGCGCAUGGCGAAUGUCUGCCACCAGGUGGCGCUUCAUUAUUUGGUCUCAAUAAUCGCAACAGAAGCGGAGAAACGUUUUUUUUCCCCACAUUUCGCUCCUGAAACAGGGUGACAAAUAAAACUGAGAUUCGCCGCGACGAGCAAGGAUACUUCAGUGCGGUGAGAAAAGAGGCACUUUGAAGGAUAUGACUGAAUAGAGAGAAACGAUUCGAAGGGAUAUUUGAGGAAGCGGAGCGCCGGCUCGGCAGAAUGCCCGCGUCCCGCUGCUAGCGCCCCGCUCCUAGCGCCCCGUCCCCGGCUGCGGCGACGCGGACUCGCUCGGCGCGCGUUUCGCCACUGACAACUUCUGCGAUAAGGGGCCUGAGAUGAUGGCGGCCAGACACCUGCUGCUGCUCCUGAGCCAGGCCUGCCUGCUGUUAGAGACGGGCUCUUUGGCAGCUGCCCCCCCGCUCACGGCGUCAGAAGCCCCCCUAGAAAGCCCCCAUUUUACGGCCUGCCUCUCCCGGGAGCAGGAGACCUUCCGAUGCUGGUGGAGCGCCGGAAGCUUCCGGAAUCUCUCUCAGCCCGGCGCCCUGCGGGUGUUCUUUCUGAAAAAGAACUCCCUCUCCAGAACCUGGAUGGAGUGCCCCAACUACACCGCCAGCGUGCCCAAUGAGUGCUACUUCAACAAGAGCUACACGUCCAUCUGGACCUCUUACUGCCUGCAGCUGCGCUCCCGCCACCACAAUGUGACGUACGACGAGCGCUGCUUCAAUGUGGAAGACAUCGUGCAUCCCGAUCCUCCCGUCAGCAUGAACUGGACCCUGCUGAACGUGAGUCGCUCCGGGCUGCACUUCGACAUCAUCGUCCGCUGGGAGCCGCCGCCCUCGGCCGACGUGAAGGCCGGCUGGAUGAGCCUCACCUACGAGGUGCAGUACCGGGAGAGGAACGCCUCACACUGGGAAGUGCUCGACCUGGAAACCUCCACCCAGCAGUCCGUUUAUGGCCUGCACACCAACAUGGAGUAUGAGGUCCGGGUCAGGUGCAAGAUGCGAGCCUUUGACAACUUUGGACAGUUCAGUGACAGCAUCUUCGUCCAUGUGCCGGGGAAGGUGCAUGGUAAAGAAUCCACCUUCCCCGUGACGGUCGUCUUCAUCUUUGGAGUGGUGGGGCUAGCGAUCCUCUUCCUGCUGAUCAUCUUCUCUCAUCAGCAGAAGUUGAUGGUGAUUUUACUGCCCCCAGUGCCAGCUCCAAAAAUCAAAGGGAUUGAUCCGGAUCUGCUAAAGAAGGGGAGGUUGGAUGAGUUGAGCUCGGUCCUCAGCAGCCAUCCGCUCUGUAAGGCGGAGAUGUACCGCGAGGAGCCCUGGGUGGAGUUCAUCGAGCUGGACCUGGAGCGGAUGGACGCGGCCGAGAAGACUGGCUGUUCGGACACGCAGCGGUUGCUGGGCCUGGUUCCCCACCUCGGCUCCUCCCACAGGCUGGCGGCCAAGGACGGCGAUUUGGGCCGAGCCAGCUGCUACGAGCCCGAGCUGUCAGAAGCCGACCCCGCGGUGGCGGCGGCUUUCUGCCUGAGACCCCGCGUGACCUCCCCAGAGCUGCAGAGCGACCGCCCGGCCCCUGAUGCAGGCCCCGCCCCUGUUGCAGGCUCCGCCCCUGACGGCGAAGCUGACGGCCGGCCCGUCAUCCAGACACAGCUCAGCACGCAGAGCUCGGUCAGCAUGGACUUCUACGCCCAGGUCAGCGACGUCACCCCCCUGGGCGGGGUCGUGCUCUCCCCUGGCCAGCAGGUUAGGGGGCCGGGGGAGAAAGGCGAGGGAGGAGAUGGCCAGCCCCUAAAAAAUCAAAAGGAGGGGCAGAAGAAGGAAGGAGAAGGCGGGGUGGAGAAGGAGGUGCCGCUCCCACUGCUAAUCGUAGCCCCUGACAGUGGAGCAUACACCUCAGAGCUGGGUAACCGGCAGAUAGGCAGUGACUGCUCCCGCCGAGAAGCCUUCCAAGACCCCCCCGCAGAAAUGCCACAGCCACCCCCCGAGAAGAACGCCGUGGAGCAGUUUGCGCUCAUUGUGCCCCCCGCAGGGGAGUAUCAGAGUCCCUACUUCAUUCCCCCGACACCCCAGCUACCCCCUGUUGCAGACUACACUGUCGUGCAGGACGUGGACGCACAGCAGAGCCUCCUGCUCAACCCCAGCACCCCACCGCCCCCCAGCAUGGCCCCCGUGAAGCCCCCGCCAGCAAUGCCUGUGGGGUACCUCACGCCAGACCUCCUGGGGAACAUCUCGCUCUGAGCUGCCCACCUUGGCCAAGCCCCCCGCUGUGGGAGCAGCCCAGGAAUGCGGACGCUGGACCUCACACACACACACACACACACACACACACACACAGACCCGCUCUGCAUCUUACACCAGUGAAAACCAAGGGCCUACAGACAAACACUAAAUGCCGGACUAAACAUCAGGGAGCCAGUGCAUUGGCCUGGAAGUACAAAUGUUGGUUCUUGACCACUUGUGGCACUGGUUUAAGUUCAUCCUCUUGAGAGAGGGAGUUCUUCAAGAUUAUGCACAGUACAGUUUCAUAGUGGGGAAAAUGGUGUCACAAGUAUUACUUAAUGUUGACACAUAUUUGGUUUUCUUUUAAUGCUUUUUUUUUUUUUUUUUUAUUAUUACAGAAUUACACAUGCUGUUUACAAACAUAAUAUACGUUAACCGUAACAAAGUGUUUGUUACCCUGCCGUACUUUGGUAAAAGACGCUAUAGCAGUUCAGUAUUUUCCCUUCAGAUCUCACUAAGCAUGUCUAAUAAGCUCUAAAACAGCCUUAAUGUGAAUUCAUUUGCCAUAAUUUGCGAUAAUUGCAGAUGGGAUGUAAUGUUCCUGCAGUGUUCAUGUUUUGCUGUGGAAACAUUUUAUUGUGCCACGUGACCCCCGGCAAGGUCGUCAGUGCAGAGUAGCGUACUUCUGUGGCCAGAUGCUGUUUAUCUGAAUCUAAAGAAUGCAGUGAAUUGGUUGAGUUUUUCUUUUCAAUCGAAUUUCCCCCUUAAGAGGAAUAGUAUCAGGAAAGUAGUUUUUUUAUAUGAAUAGGACUGGUGCCUAUAUUGCUUUUUUAUUAUUACACUUAUAAUAUUCAGGGUAAAUAUUAGUUGGAACACAACAGCUAUUAAAAGCAACAUAAUGUCAUAAUGUCACCCAAACAACUCAACUGAAGGGAUACUUAUGUAUGUGUGGACGGCAUCGUCUAAUGAAGGUUGUAGUUUCUGUAUUUGUAUAUAAACCUGCUCACCUUCAUUAAGCUUGGAUCAAAUGAUGCAAAAUCUAACAGAAAAGAACAGAUCUGAUGCACUAUCCCGGUGUAUCUGCAGCAGGGCAGAAAUAAUGGUGCAUCUCUGGGGUCAAAGGUCAGAAUUAUUACGUUUAUAGACCUUUAAUAGGGAAAUUAUCUUUCAUGCAACAACAUGCAAACAAAAAAAACCUUAUUUGUCCUCUUACUGUGACUAUUUGCAAAAUGCGUAAUGAAGUGAGGUCUUGUUUUUUGAUAUUAAUUCACAGAGAUGCCGCCCCUUCUCCGUGUGACAGUGUCGAAUGUACCAGCAGCGUGCGGUAAUGAAACACAGCAUUAUAGUGACCUGGCUGCCAAGUGUACGUCUGUUUAUGAUGACCUAGUUCCACUCGACGGCCUUAUUACGCUCAGCUCUUGAUAAUGGAAAAUGCUGCUUAAGUCUUAAGUCAUUAUUUGUAACUUGCGUUACAAUGGCAGUAAUUACAAACUGGAAAGCAGUUUUUUUUUUUUUAUAUGCCAAACUUCAUGGAGCUGUAUGCAAGGUGCACAGAGUCACAUCCUCUGUGUUACUUAGGCUGUUAGGUAGGGUAUGGUGCCUGGACAGCAUUCAGGGGGCCAGCGAUUCGUGACCCUCCACGUGUUUUCUUUGUGCUCCGCCCUUUCGGACAAAUAGGGGCACGGCAUCCAUAAUUCGGAGAGUUUGGCCUCGAACUUAGUUGCCGCGGUUAUGAGGGAUGCUGUCAUUAGCCUGGGGUGGUCCCUAGAUUUCUGAUAGGACCCCGACUCAGAUGAGAGGCAGAUGGGUUGACGAUACGUACAUUAGCGAGAAAACUUUACAGUCACUUUGCCUUAAAGCCACGUAAAUUAAUAUGUAGCAUGAAGUCAUACAAAGUGUUAUCACAUCAUGUUAGUUUGGUAGAUUCAUUUUCCAAAGUUAAUUCUCUUCAUCUUAUGUAUAGAUAUAGUAUAUUAUUUAUCUCUAGAGGAAUGUUUGUACCCAAAGAAGGAUCCAACUGACCUAUAUGUAAGCUUGUGGAAGAAUGGGUUUUUGAUAUGCCAAUAGGCCAAUAUUUUUUUUUCGAAUUCGAAUAUUUAAUGGAGUACUUUACACAGUUCAUUAUUUGCUUUAAAUGUGUUUAAAAUCUAUAUUCUGUGUUACUAGACUACCAGAUUCAAAGAGAGUUCUCUCUUCAUAUUAUCUUGCGGAUACAGAAGUGUGGCUCCUGAAAAUGGCACGUGUGUUUUUUUUGUGUGUAAUUUUUGUAGUCUUUGUCAUUAAGGCUGUUAUAGGCUGGGUGUCCGCAGGAGAAGGAAGCGUGUCCACUUAGCUUUCGGCUGCUGCGUUGGCAGCGCGGCCCGACCCAGCGCCGUUUCUGCCUUAAAUAUGAACGCGAUCGGCUCCUCAACGCUGCUGUUGCUCCCGCUGCUAUUGCUGCUGCCAAAACCAAUAUGUCCACAUUUACAAAGACAUGUCUUAAUAUAUCAUUAUAGAUUUGCAACGUCUGUAUUUCAGCAUAUGCUGUAUCCUAUUGUAUGGUCUCUGGUAAGCAGAUGUCUAUAGCUUUAAAAAAAAAAAAAAAAAACCUAGAUGCAUCUGUAUAUGAAGUAUAUAAAGAUCUAACUAUUUUGAGAACGAGCGAAGUUAAUAUUUCAACUCAUUAUGGAGAGUUACUAAUCUUGAAUUAUUAUUGUUUAUUUUUUUUCCUGCUAGAAUGAACCGUUUGGCAUUUGCCAGCGUAAUGUAGCAUCCUGGAGCUUUUAGCCUGAUUCUAGUAAACAGCAAGACGUGCUGAGUAGAAGUACGAACGGCAUCCAGGCUGAGCAUGUGGUGAUAUCUGAAGGAUUGUAUUGGAAAUGAAAUCAUAGCUUGCCUUUGGCGCAUUUUCAGUAUGCAAAAUAAUGUCAUUUAUGUAUUUUUUGGUACAGAUUAAACAAUUACUCGAAUAUAAACCAUGUCUUUUUACCAUCUGGUACACGCGAUGAAUUUAUUUCUGCUUGAAGUGAAACUACAAUAUAUAUCUGUAUAUAACGUUUUAAAUGCCCUCAAGUUAGGUGGGGGUGGGGGAAUUAAAGUGUUGUACAAGUUUACAUUCCUGGGUGUCAAUCAGGAGGGGAGAGGGGGUGUCUUUGGGGUGGGGGUGAAGAGGUCCUAGAUCUCUGAAUUUAUUCAGCCACUGUCAACAUCUAGCACUGCGUUUGUAAACCGCUAUCAGAAUGAGUCAAAACUGGUCAUUGUGUUUCUGGCCAUGCACAGCUGUCCAGAGCUGUAGAUCAUGAUUUUUUUUUCCAUCCACAAUAUCUGUUGAAACAGAGCUACAUUGUAUACUUUUUGUGUCAAUUUGCCAUUCAAUAUCACUGGGACACAAAAAUGCGAUCUUUCAUGUUUAUUUUAAAGCCUUUGUGUGAAAUGCUCUUUUCUAUUCUGUUGGCUGCUAGUCACCUUUUAGAAAAUGGCUUUCAUCAGGUGCAACAUGUUGGAAAAGAUUGCUAUUGUUUUUAUUCUUGCUGUUACCGUUAUUUUCCUUGUAUAAUGACAUGGUACAUCUUAUGAUUGGGUGACUGUUUAUCUGGGUGGAUAACUCUAGCCCAAAGACUGAAGCCUGGUGUUAAAUGAAGAUUUCACCCACCCUGGAAUGAGUCAGAAAUGGGGCCUAACUUGCCACAAGGCCUCCCUUUCCUGGGGAGAGGGGCACUGAUGCUGGGAGCAUAAGUGGGUUAAGUUUGUAUUUUUUUCCCCCUGACUUCAGUCACCAUCUUUGUUUAUAUUUGAGUGUUAUAGCAUUUUAUUUUCUUAAGUACCCAAUAAAUGUAUUUCUUCUCAUCA